AGCGUUGUUGCCAUUGGGCCGAAGAGUAGCUGUCACUUUCAAGCUAACGUUAGCUCCUUUAGCCGUCUUUGUCAUGUCAAGAGCAACCUGUUCCCUGGGAAUACUCUGCAGUUAACAAGUGCGAUCCUUUUUCACUCAGCGGGUGGGACCGGAGACUAGAGAUUUUGGUGGAUAACGGGAGAGUGAGAUGAAAUGACAACGUCAACAUUACAGAAAGCGAUUGAUCUUGUGACCAAAGCCACAGAGGAGGACAAGGCAAUGAACUAUGAGGAGGCGUUGCGCCUGUACCAGCAUGCUGUGGAGUACUUCCUUCAUGCGAUCAAAUAUGAAGCCCACAGUGACAAGGCAAAGGAGAGCAUACGAGCAAAGUGUAUGCAGUAUCUGGACCGAGCAGAGAAACUCAAGGACUACCUGAAGAACAAAGACAAACAUGGAAAAAAGCCUGUCAAGGAGGCACAGAGCAAUGACAAGAGUGACAGUGACAGUGAGGGUGAGAACCCAGAAAAGAAGAAACUGCAGGAGCAACUAAUGGGUGCCAUUGUAAUGGAGAAACCCAAUGUUAGGUGGAACGAUGUAGCUGGGCUGGAAGGGGCUAAGGAAGCUCUGAAGGAAGCAGUCAUCCUGCCUAUCAAAUUCCCCCACCUCUUCACAGGCAAACGUACUCCAUGGCGAGGCAUCUUGCUGUUUGGCCCUCCGGGGACGGGAAAGUCUUACCUUGCCAAGGCUGUGGCAACUGAGGCCAACAACUCCACCUUCUUCUCAGUGUCCUCUUCAGAUCUUAUGUCCAAGUGGCUUGGGGAGAGCGAGAAGCUGGUGAAGAAUCUUUUUGACUUGGCUCGCCAACACAAGCCCUCCAUCAUCUUCAUAGAUGAGGUGGAUUCGCUGUGCGGUUCCAGGAAUGAGAACGAGAGCGAGGCCGCUCGCAGGAUAAAGACUGAGUUCCUGGUACAAAUGCAGGGGGUGGGAAAUAACAAUGAUGGAAUCCUAGUCCUUGGUGCCACCAACAUCCCCUGGGUCCUAGAUGCUGCCAUCCGCAGAAGGUUUGAGAAGCGCAUUUACAUCCCUCUGCCCGAGGAGCCAGCCCGGGCCCAGAUGUUCCGUCUUCACCUGGGCAAUACGCCUCACAGCCUGAGCGAGAGUGAUCUGCGACAGCUGGCACGUAAGACUGAUGGUUACUCCGGCGCAGAUAUCAGCAUCAUUGUACGAGAUGCCCUCAUGCAGCCCGUCAGGAAGGUUCAAUCUGCUACACACUUCAAAAAGAUUCGUGGUCCAUCCCGUAGCAACAACCAGGUGAUGAUAGAUGAUCUCCUGACCCCCUGUUCUCCUGGUGACCCCGCCGCUAUAGAAAUGACCUGGAUGGAUGUGCCUAGUGACAAGCUGCUGGAGCCCAUAGUUUGCAUGUCGGACAUGCUGCGCUCUCUCUCCACCACGCGCCCCACAGUCAACACCGAAGACCUACUAAAGGUCAAGAAGUUCACAGAGGAUUUUGGAAUGGAGGGUUGAGUGAGAGAGAGAGAGAGAGAGAGAGUCCCCCAAUCCGAC